AUGGAGCAGAGCCUCCCGCGCUGCGUGCGGCAGGCCUGGGAUUCGGCGGAGCACAUGCCGGGACCCCGCACGCUGCCAGCCUUGAGCCCGGAGGACUGCGGGCCGUGGCCCCUGCCUCUCUACCCUAAGCUCGGCCAACUCUCUGGGGACGACGAGGACUUCAACCAGGAGCUGCUUUGUAAACCCUGCGGGCUGCUCAGCCCACACUGCCCGAGACACCGUCCCAGAAGCAGAUCACUCGGUAGCAAGGACCGGAACCUCCAGCCCCGAUCUCAAAGCCCCACGACCCGCUCGCCGGAGGAGCCUGGAGGGAGAGCCCUGCGCCGGCCGCCACCGCAGCCGUUUCCGGGGCUGCCAGAAGACUCUUCGGAGCGUCGCCUUCCUACAGUCCAGAGGAGCCGCCCUCGCCUUUCAAACGCUGCGUGGGUUAAGUCCCACCCGCUGUGGCCUGGGUCCUUGGCCAUCGCUGCUGCUGCCGCCGCCGCCGCCGCCCGCCGGGAGCGCCGGGAGCCCCCGAGAUUCCUCUGCGAGCAUUCAGACCAGGCGCGGGAGCGGGAGAGGCCUGUGCCGGUCCCCCCGCGGGGACCCUCCGUCGCCUGGUUUGCGGUGCACGGGGCGGGUCCUGGGGUCUCCCGUGCGUACACGGAUGCCCAGGCGACUGGGACGUGGCAGGCUGUCAGACUCGCUCGCUCGCUGGACUUCCAGGAGAUCCAGCACGCCGGCAGCCAGCGGCCCCAAGAACUCCACCAGCUCCGUGGCCUUGGCGGUUCUGUGCUCGGAUUGCGUCUCGGGGAGCCUCCUGGCAUCUACGCGUUGCUUCUGCGCACAACCCUGGUUGCCCGCGCGCUCCUCACUGUGAUCGCCCUGGGCGGCUUGGAGGAGUGCCAGGGCGGUGUGGCCAACAGACUUGGGAAAACCAGCGAAUUGUCCUUUGCAGCGACCCCAGAGCCGCCAGGUCAGCGGGGCGUGAAGGAGGGCUGCGCUCGGGUGGGGGCGCGGACCCAGUCGCGGGGCGAAUGUCUGCAGCCUCCCAACCAGUGUCUAGGUCCUGCAUUCUGUGGGGGCCUCCAGUCAGGCCCGUGGUCCACGCGGACUCGGGAGGCUGACCCCGAGGAGGAACCUGUGAGCACCGGGCGGAGCGGUCACCAAGGGGCCAAUUGCGGAGCAGCAGAUUUGGGGGACAAGGAGAAAAGAGUCACAGUAAUAUCCCUUCAAGAAGUCCCCUUGCAGACUUCCAACUUUGCCCAUGUCAUCUCUCAAAAUGUGGCCAAGAGCUAUCUUCUGAAUGUACACCUGGAAUGUCAUUAUACCUUAACUCCAUAUAUCCAUCCACAUCCAAAAGAUUAUAUUGGUAUAUUCAAGGUUGGAGGGGGUACUGCUUGUGAUUAUUACACAAUUUUAUGGUCUCCCAAGCCUGAAGGAUUAACAGUUAAUUGUGUAUUAGCAUUUCAAGGAUAUUACCUUCCAAAAGAUGGAGAAUUUCAUCAGUUCUGUUAUAUUACCCAUAAGGGUGAAAUUCAUGGAAGAAAUACACCUUUCCAGUUUCCAGCUUCUCCAGUUGAAGAGUUACUUGCUAUGGAAGAUGAAGGAAAUUCCGACAUAUUGGUGGUAAAAAAAGCUGGCCUUCCUGAGUUGAAAACUGAAAAAACUGUGAAAGAAAAAGAACUAUUAAAGUUAAUUGUUGUUCUGGAAAGAACACCACAACUUUGAGAAUAAGUUGGAAGCAUGGAAAGAGAACUUAACCAUCAGAAAGACAGACAUGACCAACUGCAAGCACAGCAGAAAGGUCUCAUGGAAGAAUCACAAUUAAAAAUGGAAAAUGAAGAAUUUAAGAAGAGAUACAAUGAUGCUACAUCCAAAGCUCUCCAGCUUGAGGAAGAUACUGUGGGCUCAACCAACUGAGCCACACAGGCACCCCAUGAAUUAGACAGUUUAAAGGACAACCUCAGGAAGGCACAAUAUGAAAGAGAAAAACUAUGCCAGUUACAGAUGGAAAAGAAUGAAAAGGAACUUUAUAAGAUACGUUUGAAGAAUACCGAAAUCGAAAAUACCAAGCUAGUGUCAACGGUCCAGACUUUAAAGAAUUUAGAUGGGAACAAAGACAGCAUGAUUACUCAGGGGCACCUGCCUGGCUUAGUAGGGGAAGUGUUUUUCUGUUUGGCUGAAAAGGAAAUCUGCAAAGGACUUUCUUUGUUUACACUCUCAAGCAAGGAAGAUACUCCCCCCCCCCCCUCUUUCUUUCUUUCUUUCGAGGAGCAAGUUCAUAAGCAGAGGAACAGGUUCAGGCAAGAAGUUACCUUUCUGGCCAAAGAACUUAGUGAUGCUGUAGUUGUGCAAGAUAAAACAAUGGCAGAUCUCCACAUUGCACACUUGAGAAAAAAAGCGGAUGCAAUGGCAGAACUUAAACUGAAUGCUGUGGAGGGAAAAAGGUGGGUGGCGGGAAAGACUGGUGAACUGAGAAGAGAAGUUGAUGAUUUGAAACUUUGUCUUCAAAUGGUAACAGAUCAUUACAAAGGAAAAAAAAAAAUAAAUCGAGAAUGCCAGAGGCUCCAAAAUCAAGUAAAUAACCAAUCAACCAAGAGCAACAGUGUCUUCACAAGGAAAACUGGGAAUCAGCAAAAAGGGAAUGAUGCCUCCAUAAAGACGGACCCAGCUCGUGCUGGCUGUACUCAAGAUGAGAUAAAGCCGCCACCUUCCGCAGCCAAGAUAGAUCCUGACAAUGUAACAGAGGGGUAUGUCUGUGAAGUGACCAAAGAAACUGCUGACAAAACAGAAAAGUAUAAUAGAGGUAAAGGCCUCUUGCAGGAUGAGAAAACAAAAUUCAAUAGAUGUGCGGAAGCUGCAAACACCGAGCUGAAACGGAAGGAGCAACUGAAGACUGCUGGAAAUGUAACACCAGCGCUAGCUGAAGUGGAAACUUACAAGACAAAGAUACAUGGUCUAACUGCACAUUUGAAAAACUUCUCCGUGGAGAAGGAGCUUAGAAGGAGUCUAGCAAAUCAAGCAGAAAGGAAAAUGGAAGGUCAGAAUUCCCAGAGUCCUCAGAUCUCAUAGCCCUGCUCUGAGCAAAAUGGUCAUGUGGCCGCAGUGCCCAACACCCAGCUGGUCCUGCAGUCUGGUGAUGCUCAUGGGACACAGGAAACCAGAGAUGGAGAUGGAGCCUAGAAAAUCCAAAGGCCACCUGUGAGAGUACCUUCUUGGGGACUGGAAGAUCGUUUUACCUGCUGCCAGCCUGCUGGCAGCGUUAGUGGGCCUGAUGGUUUAGUAGACCCUGAGGAUAGUAAAGAAGUUGAGAAUAUGCCCACUGCUCCCCAUCCUCCAAGUCAGCAUUUACAUGGGCACAGAACAGAUGUGUGUUGUGAUCCCUGCUCUGCCAUUCACAAGAAGUGUCCCCUCUGUGAGUUAAUAUUCCUUCUCAACUAUGAUUUUGGCUAG